CCGAGAAGAUGAUGACAGAGAGGAGACGUCACCUGGAGGCCCUGGAUGUAACAGCCUUGUUUACCAAUGAGUGGCUUACUAAAGCCUGCAAGUGUGAUUGCCAGGGAGGAAGUGGAUCAACAUCGAGAAUGACUGCAUUGGAUUGUAUGCCAGAAUGUCCUUAUCAUAAGCCUAUGGGCUUUGAAUCGGGAGCUGUCACAGCAGAUCAGAUCAAUUGCUCCAACCAGGAUCAGUACACAGGCUGGUAUUCAUCCUGGACUGCCAACAAGGCACGGCUUAAUGGCCAAGGAUUUGGGUGCGCAUGGCUGUCCAAAUUCCAAGACAAUGGGCAGUGGCUUCAAAUCGAUCUCAAAGAAUUAAAAGUUAUUUCUGGAAUUAUGACACAAGGAAGAUGUGAUACAGAUGAAUGGAUGACGAAAUACAGCGUCCAGUACAAAAUUAACGACAGCUUGAACUGGGUUUACUACAAAGAUCAAACUGGAAACAACCGUGUUUUUUAUGGAAAUUCAGAUCGGACAUCUACAGUACAGAAUUUCCUGCGACCACCAAUCAUAUCCCGUUAUAUAAGACUCAUCCCAUUGGGUUGGCAUGUCCGCAUAGCUAUCCGACUUGAGCUGCUGGAAUGCAUGAGCAAAUGUAGCUAAACUGCUGACAACUUCUUGUAUAAAUCAGAUAACCGAAAUCUAAAUAAUGUUGGAUGAAGUCAUAAAGUUUUAGUUGCAGCUAAGUCACUUGGAAUAUUUUUGUUUUGUGAAUGGCAUGUAGUUAUGAAUAAAAGAUAAAAUAAAAAAGAUAAAAGUUCAA